UCUCUAAGUCGGCCACCCACGCCACUCUGUCGCUAUAUAUAUAUUAGCCUGCAAAAAUCUAACCCUAAAUUUCCCGAUUGUUCCGUUUGUUUAUUAUCGCUUGAGAGAUCAACAACCCCAGCGCAGCAGCAGAAAGAACAGUUCAAGAAGCAGCCAUGGGAAAAGUACACGGGUCUUUGGCUCGUGCUGGUAAGGUGAGAGGCCAAACUCCCAAAGUGGCAAAGCAGGACAAAAAGAAGAGGCCGCGCGGCCGCGCCUACAAGAGGAUGCAAUACAACCGCCGCUUUGUCACCGCUGUUGUGGGAUUCGGCAAGAAAAGAGGCCCCAACUCUUCUGAAAAGUAAUAUUCAGUUGGGUGUUGGAACAUCAUUCUAUUGUCUUUGUUGAGUUUUUGAUAUUAACUCUCAAACUAUGUGGAGCAUAUGCUUUUUUUUUUUUUUUUUGUUAAUUAGGAUUAUGUACUUUUCUGAAUUCUAUUACAUUUCAUUUUGUCAUGUUGCUGGUUCUUGUUAAUACUCUGGUAUAAAUGGAACUGCGGAACUGUUUAUGGAAA